CGCAGGGGAAAAAUAGCAGUACGAAAAUAGGAAAUUGCAAAAUUUUUGCAAAAUUCAUAAAUAAUCGUAAGGAAUUUAUUAAAAUUUCUUAAUCUACACAUCAAGAAAUAUAAUUGCAAGUAAAGAAACGAAAAAAGAGAAUAUAAGAUGUCGCAAUAUCAUUAUGUGGUCACGGCACAAAAACCAACAGCUGUAGUUGCUUGUGUUACCGGAAACUUUACUUCGCCUACAGAUUUAAAUUUAAUUAUUGCCCGAAAUAGCCAGUUGGAAAUUGAUUUAGUUACACCAGAGGGUUUGCGACCUCUCAAAGAGGUAAACAUAUAUGGCCAGAUAACGGUAAUGAAGCAUUUUCGACCACAGGAUAGCAAAAAGGACUUGUUGUUUAUACUUACUCAUCGGUACAAUGUAAUGAUUUUAGAGUGUUGUAUGAUUGGUGAUCAGAUUAAGGUCAUAACAAAAGCUCACGGCAAUGUCUCCCACCAAUAUAGUCCACCAACGGAUGGUGGUGUUAUGGCAGUUAUUGAUCCUAAAGCACGCGUUAUAGGCAUGUGUUUAUACAUGGGUUUGUUUACUAUAAUUCCCUUGGAUAAAGAGACCAGCGAAUUGAGAGCAACUAAUUUACGCAUGGACGAAUUGAAUGUGUAUGAUGUUGAAUUCCUUUACGGCUGCAUUAAUCCCACAAUUAUUGUAAUACACAAAGAUAAUGAUGGCCGCCACGUUAAAACUCAUGAAAUUAAUUUACGCGAUAAAGAAUUUAUGAAAAUUGCCUGGAAGCAAGAUAAUGUUGAAACCGAAGCCACCAUGUUAAUUCCAGUACCCACACCUUUAGGUGGAGCAAUCGUUAUUGGACGUGAAUCAAUUGUUUAUCAUGAUGGUAGUAGUUAUCACGCAGUGGCUCCUUCAACUUUUAAGCAAAGUACUAUUAAUUGCUAUGCUCGCGUCGAUAGUAAAGGUCAACGCUAUUUACUUGGCAACAUGUAUGGCCAAUUGUUUAUGCUGUUUUUGGAGACUGCAGAUAAUGGCAAAGGUUGUUCUGCGGUUCGAGAAAUAAAAGUAGAACUUCUGGGUGAAAUUUCUACACCGGAAUGCAUAACAUAUUUGGAUAAUGGUUUUCUCUUCAUUGGAUCCAAGCAUGGUGACUCUCAAUUGGUACGUUUAAGUACUACACCAAACGAGAGUGGUUCGUAUGUAAUACCCAUGGAGAACUUUACAAAUUUAGCUCCGAUACUAGAUUUAGCUGUUGUUGAUUUAGAUCGCCAAGGACAAGGACAAAUAAUAACAUGUUCGGGUACAUUUCAAGAUGGUUCCUUAAGAAUUAUAAGAAUUGGCAUUGGCAUACAGGAACAUGCCUGCAUUGAUUUGCCUGGUAUCAAGGGUAUGUGGUCUCUCAAGGUGGGCAUUGAUGAUAGUUCAUAUGAAAAUACUUUGGUAUUGGCAUUUGUGGGACAUACGCGUAUUUUGACACUAACUGGCGAGGAAGUUGAAGAGACAGAUAUACCCGGUUUUCUAAGCGACCAGCAAACUUUCCACUGUGCCAAUGUGGAUUACGAUCAGAUUAUUCAAGUUACCCCCUUAACAGUGCGCUUAAUUAAAAGUACUACAAAAAAUCUAGUCUAUGAAUGGCAGCCCAGCGCUGGGAAACGUAUAGGUGUAGUUUCUUGCAAUGCCCAACAAAUUAUUAUUGCAUCGGCACGUGAUGUUUACUAUCUAGAAAUUGAGGAUGAAAAACUUGUGCAGGUUUCGCAGAAAACGUUGGAAUAUGAAGUGGCUUGUUUGGACAUUACACCUUUGGGCGAUGGCAAAAAUCGUUCAGAUCUAGUAGCUGUUGGCUUAUGGACUGACAUUUCAGCCGUGGUUUUAACUCUGCCCAAUUUGGAUGUUUGUCACACCGAAAAAUUAGGAGGAGAAAUCAUUCCUAGAUCGAUAUUAAUGACCACUUUUGAGGGCAUUCACUAUUUGCUAUGCGCUUUGGGUGAUGGUUCUAUGUUUUAUUUCAUUUUAAAUAAGGAUAAUGGCAAUCUAACCGAUAAAAAGAGAGUCACCUUGGGUACUCAACCCACUACGUUGAGAACCUUUAAAUCAUUUGCCACCACCAACGUAUUUGCCUGUUCGGACAGACCUACCGUUAUAUAUUCAUCCAAUCACAAAUUGGUAUUCUCGAAUGUAAAUUUGAAAGAGGUCAAUCAUAUGUGCUCUCUAAAUGCACAAGCCUAUCCCGACAGUUUGGCCUUGGCUACAAAGAAUUCAGUUAUUAUUGGUACCAUCGAUGAAAUUCAAAAGUUACACAUACGCACGGUACCUCUGGGAGAGGGACCCCGUCGUAUUGCCUAUCAGGAGAGUUCUCAAACAUUUGCCGUUGCCACCAUGAGAAUUGAUGUCCAAGGUAGAGGUGGUCCCAAACCAACAAGAGCCAGUGCUUCAACUCAAGCCCAAAAUAUCACUUAUGCUUCUAAUAUUGUACCCAAGCCUGGUGCUUGUAACACUGCAACGACCAAUGCUGAAAUUGGUCAAGAAUUGGACAUUAGUAAUCUCUUGAUUAUCGAUCAAAACACCUUUGAAGUUUUACAUGCUCAUCAAUUUAUGCCAUCGGAAUCUAUUAUGUCUAUAAUGUCUGCCCAAUUGGGCGAUGAUGCCAAUUCGUAUUAUGUUGUGUCUACCGCCUUGCUGUACGCGGAUGAGCCCGAACCUACAGUCGGUCGUAUUAUAAUAUUCCAUUAUCAUGACGGCAAAUUGACACAGGUGGCCGAGACGAAAAUUGAUGGUGGUUGUUAUUCGAUGGUAGAAUUUAAUGGCAAAGUUUUGGCCGGCAUCAAUAGUUUUGUGCGUCUGUACGAGUGGACAAAUGAAAAGGAAUUGAGAAUGGAAUGUAAUAUCCAAAAGAAUAUAACCGUAUUGUGUUUGAAAGCUAAAGGUGACUUUAUUUUAAUUGGAGAUUUAAUGCGUUCGAUGACCUUGUUACAACACAAACAAAUGGAGGGCAUUUUUAUUGAUAUUGCCAGAGAUAGUGAUCCAAAAUUUAUGCGAGCAAUUGAAAUUUUGGAUGAUGAUACAUUUUUGGGAUCCGAAGAUAAUGGCAAUUUAUUUGUAUGCCAAAAGGACAGCGCUGCCACAACUGAUGAAUUACGUUCGGAAUUGCCCGAAGUGGCACGUUUUCACUUGGGCGAUUAUGUCAACGUUUUCCGUCACGAUUCGUUGGUUAUGCAAAAUGUUGGAGAACGUACCACACCAAAUCAGGGCUGUGUUCUGUAUGGCACUGUUAUGGGGGCAAUUGGUAUUGUAACUCAGAUACCGCAAGACUUUUACGAAUUUCUUCAUAGUCUGGAAGAACGUCUAACAAAUGUCAUUAAAUCGGUGGGUAAAGUUGAUCACUCGUAUUAUCGUAGUUAUCAGACUACACAGAAAACAGAACCAUGUGAGGGUUUCAUUGAUGGGGAUCUUAUUGAGAGUUUUCUCGAUUUAACACGUGAGAAAAUGAAGGAGUGUGUUUUGGGUUUGGAGAUUACCAUGAAUGGUGAGAAAAAAGAUGCCGAUGUCGAUGAUGUCAUUAAAAUUGUGGAGGAUCUGACAAGGAUGCAUUGAAUAGAAUUCCCUUUUAGAAAUCGAAAUCAUUUAUUACACAUUGUUUUACUCUUUUUUUACUAUUAUUCCCUUUUACUUUUUUUCCUUUAAGAUGUUCCUUUUUGAAUUUUCCAAAAACUGAGUAUUGAAUUUAACAGUUUGCUCUGUUUCUUCUUUUCAAUAACCCAUAAUGAAAGAAAAUUUGUUCCAUUUCUUUUUUUUAUUUUUUACACACAUUUAGUUUUUUUUAUUUAACGUUUUCAUUUUUUUUAUAUAUAAAAUUAUAUACAUCAGUUAUAGAAUGUAUUACUUUUUUCCCUUGAAAAGAUACAAACAAAGGUAAUUAAAGAAUAUUUCUAAUUACCAUUGGAAACGCCAGGGAAUGUGUGUUAAAUACAAAACAAAAAAUAUGUACGUCUGUAAUUUAUAAUUCAAAAUAUUUCUACAAAAGAAACAUUUAAAAAUAUAUAAUAUUAAUAAUAACAACAAUUAUUUUAAA